AUGAAACCCUUUGCCUGCAUUCUUGUGAUCCUCGCCGCCAUCCUGGCCGUUGGUCAGGCCUCCCUUGGCGGUCUCCUCGGAGGUGGCGGUGGUGGAGGCGGCGGCGGUGGCGGUGGCGCCGGCGGCAUUGCACAGCUCCUGCAGAGCAAAUUGGGCGGUCUCGGCGGUGGACUUGGAGGAGGACAAGGCGGUGGCGGCGGAUACUCUGGCGGCGGUGGUUACUCCGGCGGCGGUGGAUACUCUGGUGGCGGCGGAUACUCCGGUGGCGGCGGAUACUCUGGUGGCGGCGCUCCCCAGAAGGUCAUCAUUGUCAAGGUCAUCAGUGAGGGACAGUCCGGUGGUUACUCCGGCGGCUACUCCGGCGCCCAGUCUGGAGGCUACUCCGGCGCCCAGUCAGGUGGCUACUCUGGUGGCUACUCCGGUGCUCAGUCCGGAGGCUACUCCGGCGGCCAGUCCGGUGGCUGGAACAAGGGCUGGUAA